UGGUCGUAGAAAGCUCGACCAGACGACGCUGGCCGGAGCACAACGCUCCUGCCGCUGGCUUUUCCACUUCCAUCGCGCAGUCUUCUGGCCGGACCGGACGCGGUCUUGCCCUCAACCUCAACGAAACCGAAAACGCGCUCUUUCCCCGCCGAAUUUUCUUCUCAGGAAAAUUCGAAAAUCCAUCCAUCGAUCCAUCCUUCGCCCGUCGCCUCGUGCUUUCUCAAGAUCGUUCGCUGGCAGAGAAGUAGAGCCGCGCGGUGUAUAAGGUGUGACAAGUAUAUACAGUUGGAGUGCGCCUCGAUGUGAAGACCGUGUUUUCAUGAGGGAUUAACGAAAAACUAUCAACGGAGCCGAGAGACAGUAGCGCCAACAUGCGGGAGAAAAGGUGGCUUCUGCUCGCUCUGUACGGAAUCCUAUUGGCGAACGCGGUUUCGGCCGAGCGUAAGGCCACCAGGCCGAAAUUCAAGAUCGCCACCACAUCGACGACCAGCACGACGACCACCACCGAGGAGAAUCAGAGGAACGAGAACGAGGAUGCGGAGCAGGCGACCACCACCGCAACCGUGGUGGCUGCCGGGGAGGCGAACGCGACCAGCGGCCACGUCCUCACAGGUAUCCCGCAGAUCGACUACAUCUGGGACCCGAAUUUGCCCCGCGAGUUGAACGGCUACAACCUCAGCGAUUACCCGUUCUACAACAGCAUACCGGAGGACAUCGACUUCAAAUGCGACGGGCUCCACGAUGGGUUUUACGCGAGCGUGCCGCACAAAUGCCAGGUGUAUCACCACUGCCUUUUCGGUACCCGCUACGACUUCCUCUGCGCCAACUUCACAGCUUUCGACCAGAAGACCUUCAUCUGCCACUUCGUGUCCGAGGUGGACUGCGCCAAUUCGAGGAAGUACUGGCACAGGAACGACGCCCUCUACAAAGCGACCACGACUUCCACGACGUCCACGACCUCGACCACGACCAGCACCACGACCAGCACCACAACCGCGUUGCCACCGGUCACGGCAGCGGCCGGCGGCCGCCAAUCGUCCAGAGACCUUCCCAGGAGGAGGAGGCCGUUCAGGAGGCGGCCGCCUGUGUACGAUUACUACGACGAGGAGUACUACGACGACGACUACACCCGGCCGCGGGGUUACGGCAGGGACGAGUACGAUUACGACGAUCGAAAGUACAGGAACAGGGAUCGCGAGUUCGUGAGGGACCGCGAGUUUCGAGACAGGGAUUCGCCCAGGUCCAGGGAGGGUGGCGCCCCCAGGGACGAAAGGGACCGGUACCCGGGUAGGAACAACAGGAGGGAGCCUGGCAGGGGGAGAGAUCCUCCUUUUCAGGAGGAGGAUUCGAGGCUAAGGUCGAGGGAUCCCGACCAGGGAUCGAGGUCGUCCGUGUCUAGGGAAGCGGAGGACGCGGAGUUGGACGAGAGACGGAUCGAUUCGAGGCUCAGGGACGCCGAUGAUCGUCGAUAUCCCGAUAAAAGGUAUAGAGACGAUUACGAGGACAAGGAUCCGGUCUUGGCGGGCGGGGGAGGCGCGGAUGGGUUGGUGAAACCCGCUGCACCCGCAACCUCGCUGUACGCGAGACCAAGAACGCCACCCAAGAUUCGUAGACCGGUGCCGCUCUCCGAGCAGGACAAAUACGCUUACAAAACUACGGCCGUGCAAUCGACCGAGGAACCUCGAAGAAGACCGGUGGACAUCGCGGAGGACGACUAUUACGAGGACGAGUUGGAGGACGUGAGACCUAUUCGAAGGCCGUUGAGAAGAAGACCGUCGUCGUACAGAGACAGGGAUAGGGACUUCUACGAUGCGAUAGAGAGAGACAGAGGCCGACCCUUCAGAUCGCGAUAUCGGGACGACGAGGACGAGUUGCGGCCGAGGAAACACCCGGAUCGGUCGAGAGAUCGGUACUACAUCGAUCGAGACAGGGACCGAGGCGCGGAACGCGGCAGAGACCGAUCCCUCCUCGAUCGUGGAAAGGAUAGAGGGAGGGGGCAGGACGGCGAGAAGCAGGAAAGGCUCGUCCCCGAGCGUUCGAGGUCGAAAGAAUCGCGAUCGAAAGACUCGCAAGAGGGGAUCGCCGAGAGUUCGCCGUCCAGAGUUCGAGAUCGCAACAAUAAUUACGAUCGCACGGAAAGAACGACCACUUCCACCGCCGCUGCAACGACCACCGCCGCCACCACCACCACCACCACCACCACAACCACAACCACCACUUGUUCGCCCGAACAACCGCCUCGUAAAAUAGAAUCCAUCUCGAACGAAGGGAGGGUAGGAGCGAUCGUUGGCGAGAAAUCGGCGCAGAGCGAACCGCCUCGAGGUCAACAAUCGGAUUAUCUCGAGGCGAAACGAGGCGACAGGUAUCAGGUGUCGAUGGAGGAGUACUCGCAGGAGGAGUAUUACGACGAGGCGGAGGAUCCUCCGUCGCCGCCGCCGCGCGCCACGAUCCGCGUGGUUAAACGACCCUUCCUCCCGUCCAGGGGUGGUAAUCCCAAUCCGAGGGGAUUGUCCCCGGUCGGCGUGAAAGCGAGCGCGCCCAAAAGGCUGGUGGAGCAGGAGGAGGAGGAGGAGAGCGCCCGUGAGGAGAAGGAUGGUCGGAACGCCGGGUACAAGGAGACGGAGAUCCGGAAGGAGGUGAUCGCGUCCCAGUACGACGGCGUGGUCGCGAGAGGUAGAGAGCAGACACGGAGGCCGGGGCAGGAGAAGACGACGCAUGGGAGGGACGAUGGGUUCGCGUCGAAGGGACAGGAGGAGCGAGGCGCGUUCGAGGAGGGGUUGGGUGGGUGGCCGGUGGAGGAGUUGGUGCAGGCGGGGGGCCAGUAUCGCGGCAAGGGGCGCGUCGCGAGCCCAGGGAGCGAGAAUCCAAGCCCGGUGUACGGGUCCGGUUUCAAAAACGGAGAGGAGAUCCAGGAGAAUCCGACCGGGCCCCAAAGUUUCAGCAAGGCGAAGCAAAGGUUGAACGAGGUGACGCAUCGGUUGCAGGACAUCCCGGAGAGCGAGUACGACGUCACCCUGAACGACGCGUUGACGCCCACGUUGAACCAGGAGGCCAGCCUGCCCAGCGGAUUCGUCCUCCCUCUCCACAGGCAGAUCGGGAGGGACGCGAUCCUCCAAUCGUCCGAAAGUAAUUACAAAGUUUCCAGGCCCGUCGAUCAUCAGAAAUCGUUCGUUCCCCAUCCCCAGUUCUUGUCGCCGGUCAACACAGGCGGCAACGACAGGCUAAGGACCGUGUAUUACAGGACGCCCGACACGAUUCAAAUCGGCGGGACGCAAUACAGGCCGCAGAGAGGAGGAUUAUCAUGGCAGGAUUAUACCGGCUACUGAAAAAAAUACCAAUUUCCAACGAAGGGAGAGUGGAACGGAAUGGGGGAGGGGGAGGGAGGGGGGAGGGGGAGGAAGGAAAAGAUCGAUCUUGCAAUUUGGGAAUUUCGCGAAUAUUCGUGAACGGGCGAAAUUCACUUCGAUGUUCAAUUCGAUCGAUCGAUCGAAGGAGAGUCAAGUUUUAGAAAAAAAAGAAAAAUUGACUUCCUUUCGCUAAGGGGCAAAGGAGCAGCAAUUAGACCCUUGGUCAAAACUUUUCGAUGUCUUUCAUACGAAGGGACAGGAAAGCGGUUAGUUUUUUGCGUAGAAUUUGAAAGUAGAAAACGAAUACGAGAACGAGUAGUAUAUAAUAAGAUCGAGCAGCUACACCGGUGCGAGGUACUAGAACCGUCGAUCGUCAUGAAAAGUAAUCAAUCCCCGAGACAGUUGAGCUCUAGAAUUAGAAUCAAUUUCAAAUUCGAGACCUUUCCUUUUUUUCGAAAAUUAUAUUUAUAUACCACGUUUUCAAUCAAUUACAACUAGUGAUGUAACGAAACUUCGAUCCGACUUGUAAAAUUCGUCGUAUUGUAAUUUGUUUCUACUUUCGGCUGAAAACUUGUAAAUAUGCACACGAUUGUAUUGUGUCUAAUUUUAUCACUCCUUCCGUUUAAAUUAUUACUCUUAAGCGCGUGUAAACAAUUUUUGUUUAUGAAAGCACAUUCGUCGUCUCGAUUUCUUUUUUUUUUUUUUUCGAUAUUAGUAGCGAAUAAGUUUUCUUCGAGUAUGCAUUUUACCUUUGAUAUAUUGUAAAUUAUACCAGCCUUGACGAAUAUUAAAGAAUGGAAAAAAAUAUA